AUGGAGAGCCUUCGUGAAAUGUUACUUACCGCCUGUCCGUCUAUUAUUCCGUUUUUGGAUUGGUUGACACGUGCUUAUGACGAUGUCAGUGAAUCUCCACGUUCAGUUAAGAUUCUUGUUAAGGCAUUUGCCGCGAGUUCAUCUGUAUGUGGUUUUGUUCAUCCAUCUGAGACACUUCACACAUUGUUGAACGAGAUCGUUGGAGGACUCAUUAUCUCGCAGCAUCCAAGCAAAUUAGAAUUACUGCAAGAAGAGUGCCCGUUGCUGUUCAAUGCCUUUUCAGAUAUUGAGGAAUCAACCUUCCCUAGAAGUUGGUACCCUAUUUUAACGGAUCUGAUUAAGAAAUCCUCGGAGCCAUUUUCCACUGCGUCUUCAUCAUCACCACCACCUGUUUCUUCGGAACAACCAUCAGGGCAUCCACAAGAAAUCGCAUUCUUCCCUAAUCUUCCAAUUAUUCGAUCCAGAGGAGUGUAUGCAGCAGAUAAAUACAGGAGAAGAGAGGAUAUCUGCACCAAGAAUCAUCCAUCACAUUCUUUGUUUUUACCUGGACUUUUCACCAUUUUCUGUCCACAUGGAAUAAACUAUGGAUUUGAAGUCAUGCAAACCCGAGAAUCUCCAAAUGUUCCUUUCACGAUAUUUCGUACUCGUUUCCAGAAUGGUUGCUCUGAAGGAUACAAUAUUGGUUCUUACCCUCAGUAUGCAAUGCUGAACAGUGAAGUGAAUGAACAGGCGAACGCAACCUUAAAGCGUCUUCGAAAUCAGCUGUCUUACAUGACGCAGGAUAACUUU